ACCCGGAUGCGCGCUCCCUCACACCUGCUGCUGCCGCUGCUCCUGCUGUCCGGGUAACGGCGGUGGCGGCGGCUCGGAGUCGGGGUCGCGCUUGGGCAGCAGCAGCAGCAGGUGACGGGCGGGAGCGCGCCGGGCAGUGACACGCGCAGGGCGCGCCCCCGGCGGCUGACAGAGAGUCGGGAGAGGGGAUCCGGGGAUCCUCGGUUCCCGCAGCAGCAGCAGCAGCGGCGCGAGGCGGCCUCAUCCUCCGCCUCAUCCUCAUCCUCCUCAUGGCAUCCUGUGCCCGGGCUCAGCCGCUCUCCUAACCCCAGCGCAGGAGCCGGGAACCGCGGGGAGGACGACGCGUCCGGCCGCCGGGAAGAUGGCGGAGAGGCUGGAAUGGGUGGAGAUCAUCGAGCCCCGCACACGGGAGUGUAUGUACGCCAACCUCAUCACAGGGGAGUGCGUUUGGGACCCGCCGUCUGGCGUCCGCAUAAAACGCACCAACGAGAAUCAGUGGUGGGAACUGUUUGACCCCAAUACGUCUCGCUUCUACUACUACAAUGCUAGCACGCAAAGGACAGUGUGGCAUCGUCCACAGAACUGUGAUAUCAUCCCUCUAGCCAAACUCCAGACACUGAAACAGAAUACGGAGUCACCCAGGGCCUCCGCAGAGAACAGCCCAGGACGGGGCAGCACCAUCAGCAGGGAAGGGAGCACCAGCUCCUCCCUAGAGCAGGAACUGGACGGAGGGGAAAAAUGCUCCGACCAAGUCAAAACCAAUCGUCACUCUGCUCCUUACUUCGUUGUGAAGGAGGACACGGACAGGAUGUCAUCUCUCAGAUGGAACACAGGCACCAAAGAGCGGAUGCUGAUCAAGGUGACGGACCGGGAGCCCAGCUUUCUGAUGCAUCAGGGGAACGGUUACACCAUUGACAAUCCGCAUGGCACCCGAACCCGCCGGCCCUCAGGGGGGCAGCCCUCGCCCAUCAUGCAGACUUUCUCCGUCGACACCGACAACUCAGUCUUUUUCUCUGACCGAAAACAGUCGCCGUAUAUGAAACGAUCGGAUCACGUUGGCUCUUGCUCUCCGCUUCUGGGGCGCGGGGACUCGUUCUGCACCUUACAAUCCCAACACAGGAAGCACUCUAAUGAGUCGCAGCCGUCUUCCCCUCGCUACGCCUAUGAGCCCCCGCUCUAUGAGGAGCCUCCCACGGAGUACCAGGCUCCCAUCUACGAUGAGCCACCAAUAGACAUGCAGUAUGACGCCAGCGGUAAUUACAGGGCGAUGUCUCCACAGAAGUCGCCUAUUCGCAAGCCGCAUACUUUCCUGCAAUCCCCGAAGCAGCCCUCCAACUCUCCCUACCAACAGCUGGUGCUGACCAAACAGAAAGGCUCCGACCGGUUCAUGAGCCUGGAUUACAGUCCUGCGGGGAAAGAGUAUGUGCGGCAGCUGGUGUACGUCGAGCAGUCGGGUUCCAGCCCAAAGAUGAAAACAGGUUUAAGGCAUAAGUACACCCCUAACACCAUCGGUGGUUCGUACUCCUUGCAACAUCAUCCACCAUACAUGAGGGACCAGCGUCUGGAGGUUAAGUCAGGAGACUACAGCAGUAUGGAGGGUUCAGAAUUGCGUCAGCAGCAGUUCCAUGCAGAAGAUUCUAUGUCCUGGUCCAGCCAGCAGGACACUAUGUCUUCUGCAAGUUAUUCCCCCAACACAAGAAAAAGGAAAAGUAGGAAGCCAUCUUUGUCUCUGGAGCCCAACUCUGCACCGUCCGAUGGCUCUGCAGAGAGAGAGAACCUGAAUGAGCAGGUCAUGAUUGAGGAAAGGCCUUCAUCCAUGCCCAACCGACCAUUGAUGAGCAGGACAGAGAGCCGCUCCUCUGAGGCCGAUAUGCACCACGCGUCUCCGGAAGCUUUCAUGGCACAGGCGCGGCUGGCGUGGGAGGCCCAGCAGGCGCAUUUCCACAUGAAGCAAAGGAGCAGCUGGGACUCUCAGAAGGAUGGCUCUGGCUAUGAGAGUGAUGGAGCCGUGCCUUUGCCCAUGCCUGGCCCCGUUGUCAGAGCCUUCAGUGAGGACGAAGCCCUGGCACAGCAGGACAGCAGACACUGGAAGAGAAGCACCUUUGAAAAACUUGGGUUUCCGCAAAUACUACUGGAAAAAAGUGUAUCGGUCCAGACCAACCUGGCUUCCCCGGAGCCGUAUCUACACCCCUCUCAGUCUGAAGACCUGGGGGCCUGCGCUCAGUUUGAGAACAGUCGUCACAACAGGAACAUGAUGCCCAGUUCCAGCUGCGUCUUCCCCACCUUCACCUUGAGGAAGCCUUCUUCUGAGACCGACAUCGAGAACUGGGCUUCCAAACAUUUCAACAAACACACCCAGGGCUUGUUCCGACGUAAGGUCUCCAUCGCCAACAUGCUGGCUUGGAGCAGCGAGUCCAUUAAGAAGCCCAUGAUCAUGACCAGUGACCGCAAUGUGAAAAAGGAGGCUUGUGAAAUAUUCAAACUCAUCCAAAUGUACAUGGGCGACCGGAGAGCCAAGACGGACCAGCUGAGCGUGGCAUUGGAGAUCGCCACCAAAGGGUGGAGCAUGCAAGGGUUGAGGGACGAGCUGUACAUUCAGCUGUGCCGACAGACCACUGAGAACUUCCGCUAUGAGAGCCUGGCGCGUGGAUGGGAACUAAUGACUAUUUGUUUGGCCUUUUUUCCACCUACUCCUAAGUUUCAUUCAUACUUGGAAGGAUAUAUAUACCGGCACAUGGAUCCUGUGAAUGAUGCGAAAGGGGUGGCCAUCAGCACGUAUGCCAAAUACUGUUACAGGAAGCUCCAGAAAGCUGCACUGAUGGGAGCCAAAAAGGGGCUGAAGAAACCCAACAUGGAGGAAGUUAAGCACGCUCGGAACGCCGUCUUCAGCCCGUCCAUGUUCGGCAGCUCUUUACAGGAGAUCCUGAACAUGCAGAAGGAGAAGUAUCCUGAGCGCCAGCUGCCGUGGGUGCAAACCAGGCUGUCCGAGGAGGUGUUGGCUCUGAACGGGGACCAGACCGAGGGCAUCUUCAGGGUUCCUGGAGACAUUGAUGAAGUGAAUGCUCUGAAGCUACAGGUCGAUCAGUGGAAAAUUCCUACAGGACUGGAAGACCCCCAUGUUCCAGCAUCGUUACUGAAGCUGUGGUAUCGGGAGCUGGAGGAACCUCUCAUUCCCCAUGAGUUUUACGAGCAGUGCAUCACUCACUACGAGAAUCCAGAGGCGGCCAUUGCUGUAGUACAUUCCCUUCCUAAGCUGAAUAAGAUGGUGCUGUGUUACCUCAUCCGCUUCCUACAGGUGUUUGCACAGCCAGCCAAUGUGGCUGUCACAAAGAUGGACAUCAGUAACCUAGCCAUGGUAAUGGCGCCAAACUGCCUGCGCUGCCAAUCGGAUGAUCCGCGUAUCAUCUUUGAGAACACCAGGAAGGAAAUGUCCUUCAUCCGGGUCCUGAUCCAGCACCUGGACACCAGCUUCAUGGAAGCCGUUCUAUAGCAGAACUCUGCGAUUACAGGAAUAUUGUGUGACUGUAACAUCUCAUUAUAUGAGGAGAGGUCUCCGCCACCACCUGCCUUCCCAUCCUGUACAGAAACCACGGAGCGGACGCUUCAUCUGCUGCGGCAAUAAUGACCCUACGCACCUCGGACCAAAGUGCAGCGUACGGACUGCAGGACUGGGCCCUCUCUCUCCAGGGCCCCACGGACAUUUCCCCAGAGUGACUCUCUAGCACUGCAGCACAUAUAAUGUGAUGGUUUCCGUUAGUGAGCUUAUGGGAUAAGCAGUCACGUCUGUUCUACUUCCUAUAUCCCGUGUCAUGCAUGGAUCAGUGACACUGCCAUCUAGUGGUGAGCUAUAGGUAGACGCGUACGCGUUCAGGAAAGCUGGCGGGGAUCAUUUAUGGAGUGCACUUCAUGCGCACUGCGGUACUGCUUGGUUACCCUCCGGUACGCUGGUUUGUCCACACAGCGCACAUGAAGGUGCGCGGCUGCCCCUCCUACCACUUUAUAGCCACACCUUUCAUUUAAUUAAACGGUUUUAUUUCUCUCCUUAAUGAGGGGACACUGGGAUGUUUGUGUCCGCAAAGCUUUUUAUUACAUUCCUCACUUUAACAAAUAUGGCUUCAUGUCCUAUUAAAAGUAUAAACUGCCGUCUCUGAGCUAGUAGAAAUGUCAGGGCCUUUCAUGGAGCCAGAGCGGCUGUUUGCCCCCUGCUCAUAAUGAACGUGGGCUUUUCAUCCCUUUAUCUCUUUACUAUAGCCUCGCUACGCAAGCUGCAACCUUGUCCUUGCACUGCUCUGCAAAACUAGGCGCAUCAUUACUGCUGCUCUGCCAAAGCUGGUUUUACAUUGCGCAUUGAUUUGCACUUCAUAAAUGGCCUCUGGUAUUUCCAUUGAUCCGGUAACAGCGUUUCCCACGAGUUGCCUGGCUCCUCCCAUGAGUUGUGAGGCUCCUCCCAUGAUUUGCUGUUGUGAGGCUUCUCCCACGAGUUGUGAGGCUCCUCCCGUGAGUUGUGAGGCUCCUCCCGUGAGUUGCCUGGCUCCGCCCAGUCUCCACAUGGGAUCACUGUGGGAGCCUGUACAAGAGGUCAGCAUGGAAGAGGAUAUUUAUCUGUUACAUAGUGUUUCGGUCAUGUUGCAACACAGGAAGAUUGAAGGUAUGUGACCUCUGACGUGGUCUAAGUGCACCUUUUGUUUUACUUGUUUCCAGCAUUACAUAAAACCUGCAACAUUAUAAUAGCAAAGUGCAUAUGUGACAUUACAUAAGCAACAUGUGUGCGAUACAACUGCAGAGUAUAUUUAUUCCGUAUCUGUCACUACAUGGGACUCUGAUUAUAAUGCUGCCGUGUUUUAUUGCUGUGAUGCUGUUUAAUUUAAUGUGUUCUUAUUUAUUUAUUUAUUUCUAGUCGUCCUCCUGAGCUGUAUAGGGAAUAACCUGAUAGAUUGGAGGAAGUAACGGGACACGCUUCUAACCUAUGCUUCGUAGUAGGGGUGCUCACCUUUGUUGGACUGCAGGUCAGGUCAGCAGGGUGUGCUGGAACUUGUAGUUCAACAACAGCUGGUGAACCAGAUGUGCCCUAAGCUUGAUCUGUAGUUUGGGCUUGUAUGAUAAUUGUACUGUAUGAUCAUUUUUGGGUGUUGAUUAAAAGAUUGACCGUUAACAGUGACUAGGUCGACGGUGAAUGGUUGACACAUGAUUAAGUCCACGGGGUUAAUAGGUUGACGGCGAAAAGGUUAACAUGACAAUGGGCGACACAUAUUUUAUUUUAGCCCAAAUAUAACCCUAAUACCCCCCCUCCCCCGGGUGUCUAACCCUAUCCGUCACCCCCCUUGGUGCCUAACCCUAACUGGUCCCCCAAGAGCCCAAUCCUAACCCUAAAAAUGGUGAAAAAACCCACAAAGUGUUGACCUUAUGACCCCGAUGACCUAUUGACUGUCGGCUGUUUGGUGUCUGCCAGUCUCCGUCUAAUGACUGCCAGCCUUCCAUCCGGAUACCGGAAUUUUUCUGAUGCGCUGGUUGUAAUCUGCACCGUGUCUGGAACGGGUUGACAUGUUUUGCGAAGAGAGGAAGAUAAUGUUGUUUACGUGACCCUGAGAGGUGACAACAUGAUCACAUGAUCUCCCCCUGCAGACACACCUCGUGCCACGGGUGGGCAGCAUUCAUCAUCCCAGUGACUGUCACUGUUAUAUCCCAGAUACACAUGUAUGGUACGGUCACAUGAUUGCUCUGAGGGCCUGUGCACAUGUAUAUAUUACAUGUAUGUGUUGUUAUUCAUGCACAUUUCUAGAACAGAUAGACGUGCCCACGUUAUUGAGGCCAAGUAACAUUGCUGCUCUGCUGCGUUGGUAUGGGGGUGACCGUCUUUCCUCUACUCCCCUCACCCAGAUUUGGGCGUCACGCAGCGUCUGACGUUUGUUACCGUUCCACCCAGUUGCAUAUUUCUAACACCGCUUCUCUUCCAAUAGUAUUAGAGCAUCCGAUGUACUGUAUAUAUAAUAUCCAAAUACUAGUCGUCACUAUGAAAAAUACGUGUUACAGGGUUCCUGCACAGACUGGCAGUGUCUGAUGCGGUCUCCGCGCCUCUAUUACAUGGAGUGUGACGCGGUGAUGCCAGCUGUGGCGCUCUCUGGUCUUUGUGCAUAGGUGCGCCGGGAUUUCUCACCUUGUAACUCAUAAUGUCCAGUCGGAUUAUUUCAUUCUGUUCCAUUGUUCUAAUUAUUUAUUUCCGCCUGCCCACCGCUGUACAGAUUGUUGGUCAUUUUAAAUAAACUGUAUCUUGUGUGACAUGA